CUCCCUAGCAACGAGAAGGUGCUUGUCCUAAACAGCCGAAUCCUCGGUUACUACCGCCUCCCGAGAUGCCUCUGCAGGUUAGCGAUUACACCUGGCAGCAGACGAAGACUUCGGUGUUUAUCUCUGUGCCCCUCCGAGGCGUCUCCGUCAGAGAUGCGGACGUGUUCUGCACGGAAAACUAUCUGAAGGUCAACUUUCCUCCAUUUUUAUUUGAAGUGUUUCUCUGUGCGCCCAUAGAUGAUGAGAACAGCAAAGCCAAGAUUGGGAAUGACACUAUUGUAUUCACCUAUAUAAAAAACGAAGUGGCCAUGUAAACCCUUUCACUGUCAGGUGUUGACAAAGAGAUGAUGCAAAGAAUAAGGGAAAAAUCUAUUUUACAAGCACAAGAAAGAGCAAAAGAAGCUACAGAAGCAAAAGCUGCAGCAAGGCGAGAAGAUCAAAAAUAUGCACUAAAUGUUAUGAUGCAGAUUGAAGAAGAGGAGAGGAAAAAAAUAGAAGAUAUGAAAGAAAAUGAACGAAUGAAAGCAACUAAAGAAUUGGAAGCCUGGAAAGAAUGUCAAAGAAAAGCUGAAGAACAAAAAAGAAUUCAUAGAGAAGAGAAAUUCUGUGAACAAGAAAAGCAAAUUGAAGAAGAGAGAAAAAAAUUAAAACAUAAAAGCCAUACUAGAAUUUCAGCAUCUAGAAAUCUUGCCACUAAAGGAAGAAAUUCAGAAAAUAUAUUUUUGGAGAAGUUAAAGGAAAAUAGUAUUCCUGCUCCUCGCUCUGUUGGCAGUAUUAAAAUCAACUUUACCCCUCGAGUAUUUCCAACUGCUCUCCGGGAAUCACAAGUAGCAGAAGAAGAGGAGUGGUUGCACAAACAAGCGGAAGCACGGAGAGCAUUGAAUACUGAUAUUCCUGAACUUUCUGAUUUAAAAGAAGAAGAAAAGAAUCCAGAAUGGCUGAAGGACAAAGGAAACAAAUUGUUUGCAACAGAAAACUAUUUGGCAGCUAUUAAUGCAUAUAACUUAGCCAUAAGACUAAAUAACAAGAUUCCACUAUUGUAUUUGAAUCGGGCUGCUUGCCACCUAAAACUAAAAAACUUACACAAGGCCAUCGAAGAUUCUUCUAAGGCACUAGAAUUACUGACACCACCUGUUGCAGACAAUGCUAAUGGAAGAGUGAAGGCACAUAUACGACGUGGAACAGCAUUCUGUCAACUAGAAUUGUAUGUAGAAGGCUUACAGGAUUAUGAAGCUGCACUUAAGAUUGACCCGUCCAAUGAAAUUGUGCAAAAUGAUGCUGAGAAGAUUCGGAAUAUAAUUCAAGGAACAGAACUAAAAUCUUAAUGACUGCUGAAGCAACUAGGUAUUGUACUAGAUAUUGUUUGAAGUUUUUAAAAAAAUAACUGGAGACAUUAAGAAUAUUUGUAAAUAUGGCUGAUUGUGCAGAAUCACUUUCUCUUUAGUUCUCUAGUUCUGUAGAGGGCAAAAUCUAUAGAUUUACAUAUUAUAAAUCUAUGGAAAAUUAAAUGUGUGACUUGAAUGGUUUCUGAAUAAGUAAAUCAAAACAAGAAUGAUUUAAUUCUUCUUCAAUACACAGAUUAAUUAUAUAUACAUAUACAUAUAUAUGUACCUACAUAUACAUAC